AAUUGCUCACGAUGGCAAGCCACAACCAGGACAAGGCUCCUUCCGUCGAGGAGGAGACCUUCGUCGAGCGCAGUGCCUUCUCGACAGGCAUGAGCGCCGCCGGCUUGUCGGCAGGAGCCGGUCUGAUAAUCAGCGCGGUCCAAAACAGCCUGGGCAAGCACAAUGCCGGUGCCAUGGGUAUCUUCACCCGAUACGGGUCUACUAUCGCCACUUUCACCGCCAUGGGUGGUGCCUUCGCAUUCACAGACGCCGCAGUUGCGAAUGUCAGGCAGAAAAAUGACCCUUACAACGGAGCCGCAGGCGGGUGUGCAGCCGGUCUGGUCGCCGGCGCUCAAGCUCGAUCGCUCCCUAUGAUGUUCGGCGCUUGUGCAGGGAUGGCAGCACUGGUAGGGACAUUUGACGCCGCUGGGCGAUCGAUGGUUGGACUGCCGUCCGUAUCUUCAUAUGCUUCGGGUAAAGCCUCGGAGGGUGAGCACGGCCAAGUGCCAGGGGGGCUCAGCUGGAGGGAAGAAAAGGAGAAGAGGAGACAAGCAUUCUUCAAGAAACGCCCGGACGCCGAGACCGAGGAGUGAAGGAGUGUGGAGGCUUCUCUGUAUGUUCUAAACACCUUUAAGCAUGGCAAUAGUAGAUGUGAAACCGAGAAAGCACGCAAACCCAUGGAGGCGCCUUGAGAGGUACGGAGCGUGAUAUCUACUGAGAGGCACGAAAGUUCGACAAUCAAGUCCGCCAAGGAUACAAGCCAACUGCUGGCUUCCUCCUUCCACGUUUUCCUUUGAGUACAUGUCCGACACGACCGCCUUCAGCUUCUUAAGUAUUGACCAGCAUGUUCCCUUUUUGACGUGCGGAGGUCAUUUACAGAAGCGUUCACAUGCACGACUUUUCGCGUUUUGACAUGAAACUCCUACUUCACGAUUGUUGUCAUCAAGCGCCAGUGGCAUCGAUUUACCUGGGUCCGGUCUUAAAAUCUGUCUCGGCAUCUU